AUGCCUCAUGGGAAAAGUAACCCGAAGCGUGGACAAGAGUCUCUUGGAAAAGCGCUCCAGCGACGCCGUGCGCAAGAGCAAGCUGCGGCUGCCAGCGCGUCGUCGUACGAUGUGGACGGCAGCAAGGCUCGCGGCAAGAUGACCUCGGUGCUGGAGGCCAGCAACCUCGACGACUUCAUCUCCUCCGCCAUGAUGUCGGAGCGAGCCUUCGAGUCCCACAAGGAGAACACGGUCGUGCUCGGGCCCGACGGCUUGGAGAUGAGCCUGGACGAGAACGGCGAGAUCGACGCCGCCGCCGGGGGCGGGAAGGACCCCGGCACGGACGAGUUCGACUUCGAGCACAUGAACAUCCCGAGACGCCCGGCUUGGACCGCGGGCAUGACCGCCGAGGAUCUAGACUACCAGGAGAGGAAGUCCUUUCUCGAGUGGCGGAGAGGAAUUGCCAACGCCGAGGAGAAGAACGGUGACAUGAAGGUCACGCCAUUCGAGAAGAACUUGGAGGUGUGGCGACAGCUUUGGCGCGUCAUCGAACGGAGCGACCUCGUCUGCCAGCUGGUCGAUGCCCGCAACCCGCUCUUCUACUACUCCACCGAUCUCGAGGCCUACGCGAGGGAGAUCGCGCCACCGAAGCCCACCGUGGUUGUGGUGAACAAGGCCGACUACCUGAGCCGAGCGCAGCAGAGGGAGUGGGCGCGGCACUUCAACGGGCGAGGGGUCGCGGUGCUGUUCUUCUCCGCCCGACAGCAGCAAGAGCAGCUCAACCGGGAGGCCAGAGAAGAGAGGGACAUUGCUGAGGGCGGACCGGGCGCCGGUGCUCCUGCCCCGGAUGCCUAUGACUCUGAGGACGGCGAUGACGAUACUGAUGACGAUUUUGAGGCAGACACAGAGGGGGAUGGGGAAGAGGAGGAGGAAGUUGGGCGAUCGGAUGCGUCAUCCGCUUCGGGGGUAGCGAAAAAAGGCCAUGCAGGCGGGGGGAAAGGCGCGACUUCUUCGGCGGGGCGCCGAGGGAGCGGGGCCGGCGCAAGCAAGGGGGACAAUUCGCUGCGGGUGCUGAGCAGACUUGAAAUGUGCGUCGAGCUCGAACGGCUUGCGAGGACUCUUGGGGCGCCGGACCCUUCGCGAAACGGCGGGCGUGCCUGCGUCGGAAUGGUCGGGUUCCCCAACGUGGGGAAGAGCAGCCUGAUCAACGUCAUGGUCGGGGCGACGCCGCUGUCGCACGGCGGCGUGCGGGUCAGCGUCGGCGCCACCCCGGGCAAGACGAAGCACUUUCAGACGCUGGUGCUCAGCGACAGCCUCAUGCUGUGCGAUUGUCCGGGUCUCGUGUUUCCAAGUUUCGUUAGCAGCACGGCCGAAAUGAUUUGUGCUGGAGUAUUGCCCAUCAUGCAGAUGCGGAACGUCAUGCCCCCCAUGGCCCUCAUCGCGCGACGAAUACCUCGGCACAUCCUCGAGAUCACCUACACCAUCAAGCUCCCGGUCCUCCCGGGGGACGUCAAGGAUACCGCGGGAAACGCCAUGCUCUCGCCGCAGCAGCUCCUAGAGUCGUACUGCCAGGCUAGAGGACUGUUCCGCGCGCGCGCCCUCGGGGAGUCAGACAUGCCGCGCGCGGCGAGGCAGAUCCUCAAGGACUUCACGGAUGGACGGCUCUUGUUUUGCCAUCCGCCUGCCGACCUGGAGCCAGAGGCCAUCACCCGGUUCCUCAAGGAGACCGACAAGACGGCUCUCAAAACCACCAAGCUCGCCGCGAAGCUCGCCUUGCAGCUGAGCAAGGCCGAGGCAAAGGCGAGCGCGGGAGGCGCGGCCGUCGCGUCCGCCGAAGCAGCGUCUCUCCAGCAGCCAGAAAACAUUGACCUCAUGGCAGAGGUUCUGGAGAAGAGGGCGGCGGUAGCAGCGCGCGAAGCCGAGCUAGGUCUUACGGUCGGCGCGGGUGGCAGGGGCGGGAAGUUGACCAAGAGGGAGAUGGGACUCCUGCGGUGGGGCAAGAAAGACCGCAAGGUUGGCAACAAAGACCCGUACGGCAACCCCGACGUGGAGACCGCGGCGUCGCUCGGACCGGUAGGGGCGAGGGUAGCCGGGGGGGGCAAGAAGGGGCGCAGGGGCAAGAAGAGAGACGGCUUUGUCCGGAAUACGAUGCCGCACCACCAGACGUACUCCGGGCCUGCUGUAUGACUGACGCAUGUUUGACGCAUGCGCACGGAGUGGUGGACGGAGGCCCUUUGUCUAUGCGUUGGUUAUAGGCUCGUGAGGGAGUAUUACUACUCCUGGUGAGAGAAAAAAAAACAAUUUUUCGGUGUGCCCAGCUUCGUCUGUACAUGUUGUGUUUUUUUGCCUCUCGUUGGUAUAAACGUUGUACAGAGUGCUGAUGUGCCCGGACGUUUGACAUUGCGGGGGUAGAACAUUUGCUUGUAGUUCGCACUUCACAUACUAGUACAUCAUGGUCUGUACGCGGAGAGCUACAACUCGUGACAAAAAGAGGCGAAGGAUGGACCCGUUACCCGUGAGUAGGACGGGCGUUGUUGGCUCACGAGUGAAGUUUGCUCUGCUGUUUUGUAGGGUCGUCUUGCGGCCACUAAAUAGGCAAGACUCGGGCCGAGAGGACGCUAUUGGUGUGCGAGUGCGAGGGUCAAUCGUGCGGUGAGGAGGAGAUCAUGCGUUGGUCUUGAGCGAUCAUGUCGAGCAUGAAUGUUGCU